GAAAGAAGGGAAAGGGAACGAAAGUUGAGCAAAGAAAUGGCAGAAAAAGCCACAAGGGAACUAGAAAAGUUGCAGUUACAAGAAAAGGCUGAAGUAAAGUAUAAAGAAUGGUUAAAGAAGAAGAGAGCUGAAGAGGCAGAAAAGAGGAAGAAAGAGAAGGAAAAAGAAAGAGAAAGGGAAGCUGAGCUACAGGAGAAGAAAGCAAGAUCAGAGAAGAUCUUUAAGGAAUGGCUACAUAAUGCUAGAAAUAAACCGCGCCCUGUUUUAAAUGGUUAUGGCUUUCCAUGUGGGAAGACUACAGGUUUGUACUUCUACAUCUAUGUCGUGACUUAG